AUGGAGACAAUUCUCAAUUAUGAGGAAUUCUUAUAUUCCGAUUUGAUAUCACUGCCGUUACCAGAAAAUGUGUUGAAAGAAGGAGCUUUGAAGAAGACUAGUCGUGAGCCUCUUGUAGCGAAAAUUAAAUUCAAGGAAAAGAAAGCCAUGUUAAAUCAGAACCUAAACUCUGCUCUGAAAGACUUUGACCCUUCUUUUUUAUUAAAAAAUGUUUCAUUAUUUCAAGAAGAAAUCACCAGAAUCAUCGAUGUUCAUAAUAUCUUUGACGAGCUUGCUCUUGUUCGAUCUCGAUCGGCAAAACUAUACCAAUCAAAUUGUGCAUAA